AUGCUCUGCGGACGCUGCACAUCCAUCUUCGGUGACAACGCUCUCGACCACUGGCUAUCGAAAACAUCAAUCAGGAUCGGAUUCGUGGUCGUAUCCGGCGAGAAAUGGCUCGAACACCACCUCACAGCACCCGCACUGCGAGAGGCAGCCGCUGCCGGCUGUUUCAUCUGCUCCGGCACACUGCACAGAUUCCCAGACCUUGACCAAGGCACCAUCUACACGAUGUCGGUCCUCACCACAAGACAGGCUUUCAACAGGCUGGAGGUUAUGCCCCUAGGGAUGAAAGAUCGAAGCAGAGUAGCGAUGUUCCAUUUGGAGCGUGUGAAUGAAGCGUCAAAAGUGUUCGAGUUGAGCAAUUUGUCCUUGAUGGAACCUACCACUGGCGGACGCCACUGUCUCGAUCUUGCAAAGUAUUGGUUGGAUGAAUGUUGUGGUCAACAUCAAAGUUGUCGAGUCAGCAGGACCCCUGAGCAAUACCCGACGAGACUGCUUGUGAUAGACGGCAAUCGAGUUAGGUUGGUGAAGACGAGAGAUGAGAUGCCCGAAGGACCCUUCGCUACACUCAGUCACUGCUGGGGCACCCAUCCGAUCGACGUCCUCACACCGAGCAACAUCAACGAAUUCAUGGUCGGAAGACCCAUCCAAGAGCUACCACCUUCAUUCAGAGACUUCUGCGAGGUCUGCCAACAUCUUGGCAUUCGAUACGUGUGGAUCGACAGUUUUUGCAUCUUGCAAGGGUCCUCACCGGAGAGUGUCCAGGAUUGGGAGCGGGAAUCGCUUCUCAUGGAGACCGUCUAUGCCAACAGUCUGCUCAACAUCGGCGCUUCCCACGCAUCAUCCUCGCAAGAAGGCUGUUUCCAGCCCCGAUCUGAAUUCAUUCGAACGCACUUUCUGCAUUGGAAGGCGGCCAAGAAUGAGCCCAGUCAGAUGUAUGCUCUGACCGACUUCUACCGGGACCGGAACACCGCAUUCAAUAACCUGCAUCUCUUUUCUCGAGCCUGGGUCGUGCAGGAGCGAUUACUGUCGCCUCGAAUGCUGCACUACGGGAAAGACCAGUUGUGGUGGCAGUGCGCGGAAGCACCGCUCUUGUGUGAGCAGUACCCCGGUUCCGGCUGGAAACUCACAUGCCCUUCAAUCAAUAGCUUGCGUCCGGCCGGACUUGAAGAGUAUCAGGGCAAUCUGAACGAGCUUUGGAACGGCAUUAUGACCGUGUACUCAGGAUGCGGUCUGACAAAGCCGCAAACAGACAAACCGCGUGCCAUUCAAGGUAUCGGCAACAGGAUCGCCAGACUCACUGGGGAUGACUUCGUUGAAGGAUUCUUUUGGCGCCAGCUGCCUAAAGCCUUGUGUUGGCAGGUAACUUACGAGGCAAGACAACUGGGCCGUGCGAGCGAGUAUCGCGCCCCAAGCUGGAGUUGGGUCUCGAUGGAUUGCCAGCUUUACUUCGACGAAUCAAUGAAUCGCUCUAAGGCUGGCGAACUCCUCGCCGCGGUGGUAUGCCGUGGCGAGAACGAGGGCCGGCGCUUUCUGGCUUGUGUUGGCAAACUCCUGCCCUUGACUUGGUCUUCGAGAGAAAGCGGUUCACAAGUGAGGCUCCAGAUCGCAGGUCUCGAAGGAACACUGUCUUGUCCCCUUGAUGAACCCGAUGUGCCAGAAGCAGUCAUUCGAAAGAUGGAUCUGGCAUUCUUCUCAAUAUUCCUGGAAAUUGACGAGGAGCCGAGACGAAUAUCAUUCGUGGUAGGGAUCGUCUUGUCUAAAUGCGAGGGUGGGACGUGGUGCAGAAUAGGGAUGAGCUUCUCAGGCACUUAUAAGUACGAGAAGGUCAUUCAACGGCUGCAGACCACCAAGAGCACCGUGGUUGUCUUAGUCUAG